ACGACAAUGCUCCGUCUAUGAAUGCGCAUGCUCAUUCAGUCUAAUGGCAGCCAUGAUGGCUGGAAGUUCGCGGAGUUUACCGCAGUUAUUUUGCCGGUUCUCCUCUUGUAGUCGGUUAUUUUCGAAUCAAAAGUUUCGUCCAUACCAGGGGCAUAUACACAAAGGGGUCUCAAGCUUCAACAAACCAACACCGCCUCAUUGUAUCAGAGCAUCCAGUUCACAGACAGCAUGUACUCUUCACUACAGCCUCCGCUACAUUAGGACAUCAUCAGCACUUUGUAAUGAGGUACAGACUAUAAAAUGCCCCCCGUUUGCAGAGUCUAUCACAGAAGGAGACAUCAGAUGGGAAAAAGCUGUUGGUGAUGUAGUGAAGGUAGAUGAUGUUAUAGCAGAGGUUGAGACAGACAAAACCUCUAUACAGAUCCCCAGUCCUGUCUCAGGUGUUAUAACCUCUCUCUUGGUUGCUGAUGGGGACACAGUGGAGGCGGGAAAACAGAUCUGUACAAUUACUGUCGGAGCAGCUGGUGGCAGUGCACCUGCUCCAAAAGCUGCACCAAAGGUUGAGACGCCACCUCCCAAGGCUGCCACGCCCCCACCCCCUGCUGUGACUCCUCCCCCUGCCAAGGGGUCAGCUGGCCCCAUCCCAACAUCAGCCCCUGCUCCAAGACCCCUUCCAACUGCUCCCAUGUCCUCAGUACCAGUAGGGGAUGUAAAACCUAAAGCUGCUGCACCAGUAAUCAUGGCUGCUACUGAGGCAGGACCAGUAGGCGGAACUAGAGGUGAAAGUAGGGUAAAAAUGAAUAGAAUGAGGAAGAGGAUUGCCCAACGUUUGAAGGAUGCCCAAAACACGUGUGCUAUGUUGACAACUUUUAAUGAAAUUGACAUGAGCAACGUUACUGAGAUGAGAAAUAAAUACAAGGAUGCAUUCUUGAAAAAGCACGGCUUGAAGCUUGGAUUUAUGUCUGCCUUCAUCAAGGCAUCAGCGUAUGCACUUCAGGAUCAGCCAGUGGUGAACGCUGUUAUAGAUGGCGAGGAUACUUUAUAUAGAGACUAUAUUGAUAUCAGUGUUGCUGUGUCAACACCCAAAGGCUUAGUUGUUCCUGUGAUACGAAAUGUAGAAACUAUGAACUAUGCUGAAAUUGAGAAGACCAUCAAUGCAUUAGGAGAGAAGGCUCGUGCUGGUGACCUUGCAGUGGAGGACAUGGAUGGCGGUACCUUCACCAUCUCCAACGGAGGCGUCUUUGGCUCCAUGUUUGGCACACCGAUCAUCAACCCUCCCCAGUCCGCCAUCUUGGGCAUGCAUGGGAUCUUUGAUCGGCCUGUGGCUGUCAAUGGCAAGGUGGAGAUUCGGCCUAUGAUGUAUGUUGCCUUGACCUAUGACCACAGACUCGUAGAUGGUAGAGAGGCAGUCACUUUCCUUAGAAAGAUUAAAUCUGCUGUUGAAGACCCCCGCACCUUGUUGCUAGACUUGUAAUACCCAGGAAAUGUAGUUGUAAUUAGAAUGCAUCGUGCAAAAUAAGGUGACAGUACAUACUUGGAGAAAGAAAUAAGUUUAUAAUAUAUAAUUAAAGAGUGAAUGUUGUCUACAUCUGGUUAAUAGAUUUACUAUAUUAAUUCAGGUAUUCAAUUUAUUUACAUUUUUGCUGUUUUAUUUUUAUGGUGUUGAUUUAACAAUAUUGCUUUUGUGGGAAUUGUGAGCUGAAAUUAUUAAUGUUAUCAUAAGUUAGAUACACGUUUGUACCAAUUUUAAAUUUGGUGCUAAAUCAAAGUGGUAGCCAGAACUAGGAUUGUGAAAUUUAUGAUAAUUUUAUUUUGUAUUUUUUUUUUGGUUUGUGGAACAGGUAAACAUUAAGAGUUUAAGACAUUGCUCAAAUGGGAAAUUAAAUGAAAAUAGCAUAGUUAAUUUAAUUAAUUAAUGUCUUUGUUUUGGGUACAGGUUUAAAUGUUUUGAAUGACAUGUUAUCUACACAGCCUCAUAACUGUUUAUUGCUGCAUAAUGUUUUUAUGCUCCCCCAAAAUUUAUUUUGGGGGGAGCAUCUAGUCGCCGCUUCGUCUGUCUGUGUGUGCGUCUGUCUGUCCGUUCGUGCACAAUUUUUGUCCGGGCUAUUUCUCAGCAACUAAUGACCGGAAUUCAAUGAAACUUUAUGGGCAGCUCUAAUACCAAGAGGAGAUGUGCAUAUUAUCAGCGGGUUCUGGUCGGAUGAUUUUUCACAGAGUUAUGGCUCUUUGAAAUUUUCCAUUAACUGUACAUAUAGUGCAAUUCUUGUCCGGGCUAUUUCUCAGCAACUAAUGACUGGAAUUCAAUGAAACUUUAUGGGAAGCUUCACUACCAAGAAGAGAUGUGCAUAUUAUAAGCGGGUUCUGGUCGGAUGAUUUUCAUAGAGUUAUGGCCCUUUGAAAUUUUCUAUAAAAAUAUUGUCCCCCCCCAACUACUGUGCCCUCAAGACGUUUCCUUUUAUCUGAAUAUACAGUGCAAUAUUGUGACAAAAAAAAACUUUGGGGAGCAUCACCCGUCUCCGACGGUUUCUUGUUUGAAUGUGCUGCUAUACAAAAUACCAUAUUGAUUUUUGUAUUAUUGUUUAUGAUUACUCUAUUUAUGAUUGUGUACAGACUGCCUUACAACAACAUGUACACAGGCAUUUAUUAGCGUACUGUUAUAAUUAUCUGUAGCAUUAACAGCUGAUUUUUAACAUUUAUUUUGUCAUAUAUUGUCAAAAACCUAUUAAUAGGUGGGAAUUUAAUUUAACCCUAGCUCCUACUGAAUGGAAAAGUAGUCUGAGUUCAACUUUAUUUAUGAGGUAAAUUUUUUAAAGAACUUAAUGUUUCUCAAGAACGAAACAAAUUAGCGUGGAAUUUGUAAUACUGGCAGAACCAGUAGUUGUACUGUAACGUAUUCGAUUUUUUCAGUUAUUAGGUGCAGUAUUUGUUGAGUUUAGGAUACAAUAAAUUUUGAAUUAUUU